AUGGCCCCCUCCUUUGUUGGCAACCGCAGCAAGGGUUUCCUUGUCUUCCUAUAUGCUUUUUUUUAUGUUCUUACAACUGUUACCGCGCAGGACUGUAGCGCGUCAAACCAUUGCGCUGUUGGAUGCUGCACCAAAUGGGGGUUUUGCGGCCUCGGUCCUGAAUACUGCAACUCUGAUAUUUGUGUCGCCAACUGUGACAGAAAGUCCCAGUGCGACCCCGGCGGUUUCGGUUCCAAAUAUGCCGAGCGCGUCAAGUGUCCUCUGAAUGUCUGCUGUUCUAAAUUCGGAUUCUGCGGCCUCACAGAGGAAUUUUGCGGCAAUAAAAAGGUCAAGAAGAGGUCUUGUGGCGAUGGCCACGAGUUGCAGCGCGUGGUCGGGUACUACGAGGGUUGGUCAACUCAGAGGCCAUGCAACCGAUUCGUCCCCGAGCAGAUUCCUCUUGGCGUUUACACGCAUUUGAACUUUGCUUUCGCUACAAUCAAUCCAGUCACUUUUGAGAUUCAGCCGGCUUCUCAUAAAGAUCCGGAGUAUUACAAGCGGUUGACCUAUCUCAAGCGCCUCGAUCCAGAUUUGAAAGUCUUCAUAGCAAUUGGAGGCUGGACGUUCAAUGACCCUGGCCCAACGGCAACGACAUUUUCUGAUAUUGCUCGAUCUAAAGCAAACCAAGAUGCAUUUAUCAAGUCCCUGAUAAGCUUUAUGGCUACAUACGAUUUUGAUGGUGUAGAUCUCGAUUGGGAGUAUCCCGGGGCAAAGGAUCGCAGCGGCCGCGAUGAAGAUUUUGAGAACUUCCCCAGUUUCAUGGCAGAUUUGAAGAAAGCUCUCAAGUCUACAGGCGGAAGAGAUGGAAUAAGUAUUACGUUACCGGCAUCAUAUUGGUAUCUGCAGCAUUUCGACAUUGUUAAACUGGCACCGCACGUGGAUUUCUUCAACAUGAUGACGUACGAUCUUCACGGUACUUGGGAUCAAGGCAACAAAUGGGUCGGCCCAUAUCUCAAUGCGCACACCAACCUGACGGAAAUAGAAGAAGGUAUGAAUCUCCUGUGGCGAAAUAAUAUCAACCCAAACAAGGUCGUUCUUGGAAUGGCAUUCUACGGUCGAGCAUUUACGGCCGUUGACGGGAACUGUCGACAGCCUGGGUGCACCUAUGCAUCGGGCGCGCCGGCUCAAAGAUGCAGCAAGGAGGUAAGCGUCAUGCUCAACUCUGAAAUACUGGACGUCAUAAAGGAAACGAGUGCGAAGCCGUAUCUGGACAAGAAAGCCGCGGUGAAGGUAUUGCCUUUCGGGGACAGACACUGGGUGGCAUACGAUGACGAGGAGACCUUUAAACUGAAGGCUGCCUUUGCUCGGAGUCAGUGCAUGAGUGGCCUCAUGGUCUGGGCCGUAUCACACGACACGAAGAAUGCUGAUUUUACCGGUGCACUCGCCCUCGCCGUUGGUAGAAAGUUCCCGUCGCUUCCCAACCUCGUCCGCCUGCCGGUGGGCAGCGACGACGGGCUCGAGAAGGUCGUCACCAAGCAGCCGCAGUGCAUGUGGACAAACUGUGGCGAGGAGUGUCCGAGUAACUGGGUUCGGGUCAUGCGCCAAGGACCUGGUGCGAGGAAGAACGAGCGCAUGGCCGAUCCGACAGGCUGCGGCGACCGUGGACUGCAUUACUUCUGCUGUCCUCCCGAUACCGAGGCGCCUACGUGUGGCUGGUACACGCACAACAAUGGCAAAUGCGAUCCCAAGUGCCCUUCUGGCUUCACCGAGGUCGGAGCUCUCCAGGAGCACUGUAACAAUGGCAAAUACCAGGCCGGCUGCUGCACCGUCGGCGGCAGCAACAUGAAGCUGCACGAACAAUGCAAAUGGUUGAACUGGCCCGAUUGCGACGCUGGCAAGUGCGAAGCCGAUGAGGUCGCCCUGUCGUCGACAGGAAACGGCGGCGGCGAGUGUAGAAUGAGGAACUGGAACGACUUCCUCUCGCCGAUCGAGCUCGAGGAGCGCAAGUACUGCUGCGACAGCAGCGAGAACCAGAAGUGGGAGGACUGCCAGUGGUACGACUCUCUCGGCGAUGGCCCGGCGGACGACAGUGUCUUUUGCCGUACAGGUUGUCCGCCCGAUCGAGUCCGCGUGGCCAUGGAUACCUUUGUCAACGACGGAGCCAACGGCCGACGCUGUAAGCGCGGCGGCCGAUCCAAAUGCUGCAUCCCCCGAUCUGCGACCGUUACAAAACGAGAGUCUUCCAAGGACGCGUUGUAUCGCGAUACGCUGACAGAGUUUAUCAAGAGGCCCGUAUGCGAGAACACUUCGCUCAAACGAUCCCUCCCGCUGCUGUCGGAAAGUCACGAGCCAAAGGGCCAUGUCCGGCGCGGCAAACUGCAGCUGAGAGCCUCCUCCGCGGACGAGGAGCGCGUCGUGCGGUUUGUUGGUCUGAUUGUCACGCAGACGGCUACUAGCAGCCAGGUUGCCAUUUGGGAGCAGGUCGUCGCCACCAAGUACCCUGGCCUGAAGCCACAGCUCAUCUGGUCCUGGCUCAAGAACAGCGCAUAUGCAAACGACUAUGGAUGGUCGCACUUCUCGACGCUAUUCGCCUGCAACCUCCCGCACUACAAUCAGUUGAUACAGGGUAAAGGCGUGUCUUGCCCUUGCAAGACAGAGGUCUGCUGUCCGGGAGGCGGCAACGAAUGCAGCGACGAGGGAUUCGCCGAGGAUGACAGCUCCGAUACCAGCAGGCGACGGUCUGACGGCUCAGAGUCUCCAGAGCUUCUGGAGACAAGAGACGAUGAGACUGGGGUUUUUAAUGCGUCUGAAAGUGCUAAAGCCGUGCUAUUCGCCGGCUCUAGAGUCCCUCCAGGUGAUCCUCGACCUUACUCUACAUCAUUUACGACAGGGCAGGUACUCAGUUUUUUCUCUCUCGCGUAUCAACCAAGCAACCUCUUAUCAGCCACAAGUCCUAUAAGGAAUUUCGGUCUUACAUUUACGGGCGAUGGUGAUUGCGUUAGUGUUGAGGUUCAUUAUGAGGUGGUGCUUUUCGGACAACCUGGAUACCAUAUGGAACACAUUCUUGAGCUCAAUACCAUAUACCGGUUUUUUGGAGCUGCUGAAAGUGGACAUUUCCCAGACAUGACCUUGGAUCCGCAUUACCGCGUACCGGCCAGCUUCUUUAUGACUUUGAGCAGGAAUUAUGGUAUCGGGCCUCCCAUGAGGGGCGGUCAACUAAGCGGCGUUCCAAUUGUUCGAAUCAUGAAUGCUCUCGGGAGUCUGGAUUUCAGCGACCAUUUCGUGUUAGCACAGGGCGGACUGAAUAUGUUGAAAACAAAGAUCUGGAAGUUGAAUGAGCCAGUUGGGCAUGACAUCAUGGCAAAUUACCUAGAUCGAGCGACUACCGACGGUAGCUUCCUCCGCGAGAUAAGACAGAUCAUCGCCGUAUUCAGCUAUUACGGCGACCACAUCGUCUGGCAGAACAUGUUGGGAACGUAUUGGGCAGUACGUGAGGAGCUUAUGAGAGCACAGAACAUAUACAACAUCCAAAACCCGGGGGCGACUGUGGAUGUGGUCCAUGUUUGGAGCUUGUACAUGAAGUCUCUUUUCCGGCAGCAGCAGUUUCUCGCGCUCGACUUCAUCAACGACUGGUACCUGCGCGCGAUAAACCUCUACGCCAACGACAACAGCGAUGACGUAAUCAUGUUCAUUGCAAGGCUGUCGACACUAUUUAGGUAUACAAGAGACAUAGAGCUACCUAUUGAGACCAUGCAGUAA